AACGCAAUGGUUCAGCAGUUAAAUACCUUUAAUUUUUGGCCACACACACACACACACAUUUGUAAAAAUUGCACUAAAAUGCUUUGUCUGGUUAAUGUAUAUAAACUUGAAAUUGCUAGAAAAUGUCAGACAUUUUUGUUCUCACAAUUUUGACCUUUUAUCAUGCAAUUUUGAAUUUAUUUCUCACAAUUACAAGAAGAAAGUUGUUUUUAUUCUGUGGCGGAAACAAGCUUUCCUAAUAUGGAGGCUUGUUUCUGCCACUGAAUAAAAAAAAAAAAUCGUCUAAUUGCUUUUUUAUCUCAAUUUGGACUUUUUUCGUCAGAAUUCCGACUAUAUAUCUCGAAAUUCGGACUUUCUCGCGACUGCUAGUUUAUAUCUCGCUAUUCUAACUUUAUUUAUUUAUUUAUUUAGCUAGCUAUUCCCUUUUUGGACCCUUUUCACAUUUCCAAGUUUUUCAGAAACAGAAUGAAAGACUACAUUAAAUGUGUUUCCAUUUGCUUAAAUAGCAAGAAAAACUCCACAAUAGUGUUUUCACAACUUUCACGCAAAUAUAAUACGAAGUAUAGUGUUAUAAAUGUACAUACAUUUAAAAAAAAAAAAACGCGUCAUCACAGUCAAUUACUUUUUUCUUUAGAACUGUGAGAUAACCUCGGAAUUGCGAGGGGAAAAAAAGGUCAGAAUUGUGAAAUAAGUCACAGUUACCUUUCUUAAUUUUUAUUCUGUGACUGAAACAAGCUUCCCAUACUUUAAACAAAUUGGGCAUCUGAUCUUCCACGAAACAAUAACAGAACAUUCGUAAAUCCAUUCGUUUCAUUACAGAGCAGAGGAGGAUGCUUUUGAGCAGCGCUCCACCUGCAGGUUAAACCGAGAACUGCCAAUCUGGAGUGAGUGCGGGCGGGGGAUGGAAGAGCAUCAAGCAGAUUAACUGGGGGAAAAGGACAGACGCAGCAUUGUCUGUUUUCAUCGAUAUCAUUUAUGUAGAUUACUGUUAACUAUUGCGUGAUAGUUGAUUUACAUAGGCAGUAUUUCGUAAGCUUAAUGAAUACACACGAUGGCGACCGAAUGCGACCAAGAAGCGGUUUUAUAUUUCAUAAAGGAGAAGGGAGGGCGCGUGAAGAACGUGGAUUUAACGGAUCAUUUUCGAGCGACAAUCCCCAAAGAUCCUGCGUUAAAACAAGUGGCAAAGGAAGCCUUUAAACGGUAUGUAGACAGUGUGGCUUACGUUAAAGAGGAAAAUGGCGAGAAAUACGUUUGCCUUAAAAAGAAAUUUAGGCGUUCAAACGAGAAGAGUGGCAGAAAUGGUCCAGCCGAUGAGCUCAAAUCCCAUGAAGAAUAUGAGGCCUCUGCCAGCAAAAGUGGAGUAAAUGAAGGCAUGUUACCUGGCUCAGGUUACGGAACUACUAAUGCGGGAGGUGCAAAAUCACAGCCGGAUAUUUCUGUCAAGUUUUCAGAGGGUGUGAACGGCAGGACAGAAUCUGACAUGGGGAAUUUAAGCAGCAGCACGGCGGAGGUGAAAACUGGUUUAAGUCUUACAAUAAACCAAUCACAGGCGACAGAUAAAAACCCAAAACCCGAGAUAUCAGAGAAUGAGGGAACUGCGUGUAUUUCGGUAUGUGAAGUGAAAGGCGAAUCAAAGGAUGAGGCUGGAAAAGAAAACACACCUGGGCAAGUCAAUAAUUUGACAGAUGACUCCAUCAGCAACAACCGCAAGCAUUUCGCCCAGUCUUUAAUGAACAGUUCACCGCAGGUUCGUCGCAGCGGAGUUCUGAGAAACUCCGUUUAUCUCUCGGGCAAGUGUAGAGACUGCCCGCGGCCCGACGGCGACUAUGAGCCCGCGUCGGUGACGCUGGAGCCGCUGGAACACGACUGGAUGAUGUGCGCGUCUGACGGACACUGGGAGAGUCUCCACAGGCUGCUCGUCAGAGAUCCCAGCCUCAUAACUAGAAAAGACUUCGUUACGGGAUUCACCUGUUUGCACUGGGCUGCAAAGCUCGGGAAACACGAACUGAUUGUAAUGCUUGUCAACUUCGCCACAGAACAUCAGAUCGCUCUGAACGUCAACGUGCGUUCCAGCGCGGGCUACACGCCUCUCCAUUUAGCGGCGAUGCAUAAUCACCUCGAGGUCGUCAAAUUGUUAGUCGGAGCGUUUGACGCCGAUGUGGAGGCUCGAGAUUACAACGGAAGAAAAGCGUGUCAGUAUCUGAAGACUGACAUUGCGCAAAACAUUCUAGACAUCGUCGGCGCGUGCGUGGUAUCUGACGUGGACAACGUGGAUGUUGGAGAUUCGAGUCGCUGGAGACUGUCGAGGGUCAUUCAGUCCAAUUUCAGACCUCUGAAACCACUAAAUCACAACAGCAGCGAAGAGGACGCACGCGACGGCAGCGGCGUGACCAGGCAGAGAUCUCUCCGCAGGAAAUCUUCCUUUACUAAAAUGAGACCCAGUCUAAAUAAAAUCCGCUUCAGGUCGCAGAUAGUGCACAGCACUUCUCUCCUAGAUAGAUUUGAGAAAGAUACUACAGAAGAGCCUCCAAACCUCUUAAGACCCAAAUCAAACCUUUUUGGGUGACACUAAGAAAAGGUUCUAUAUGGAACUUUAAAGGGUUCCGUCAGGCGCUUCACAUAGAACCUUUUAGGGGUUCCCAUCAUGAGUUCUAUAUAGAACCACACUGAACCGCCUUUGCUCACUGGGGGGCUUUUUUUAUCUCCUGUUUUACACAGUAUGUAUUGUUAUACUGAAUUUUUAAAUGGUCUUCCAAAGCAUUAUGAUGGUCUGAUUUAUUAAGUGUUAAGCGGGGGAUACAAUGUAACAUUUUUGUCCUUAUUACAGGCUUUCAUUUUUUUUUUUCAUUUUCAUUUUUUAAAGCUCCCACCUGCAUUAGAAGAGUAGCACAACUGUUGAGUGUCCUGAACAGUUAAAGGUGCAGUAAGCAAUUUCUGAGAAACGCUGUUUAAAGAGGAUUGGACCGAGCACUAAAACACACUUGUAGCCAGUUAGCAGUAAGGGACAUAGAGGGUGAGUCUCAUUUCUAAUUUGUGCAUCCUCGUUUCCUUUCCUCGUGUCUUAGCUCCACCCCCUUAGGAUGCGAGAGAAGGAUACACCUGUGUGUCCUUGCUCAUGGUUCCUUAGGAAGCUUCCUCGCUCCUCAUUUCUCACGGUACAAUUAGUGAAUUGAGAUGUCCUUCAAGAUGGCGGAGUACGGUCGGUUUCCUGGUCACGGGCUGGAGUACAGAGGAGCAAGGAAACAAGGAAGCAUCAAUUUUAGUAUUGAGAAGCACCCAUACAUUCAUGAGAGGGGAGGUGCCUGUGUUGCAUAGCAUGUUUGUGAAUUUGGGGGUGGAGCUAUCAAGACAGUGGUGUGACCCUUUUGGGUAGGGGCAUAUUUGUUUUGGUGAUUUCAAAUAUAAGCAUUGUUUCUCAGAAGUCGCUUACUGCACCUUUAAUGUAAAAUUGUGAUAUAUUCUAUCUAUAUGUAUUUGUGUAUGGGCGGGGGCAGGGGGGUUCCAUUUCCCAACAAGUGAUUUGUAAAAUAUAUAUAUUGUUUUUCACAAGAAAUAGUUUUUGAUCCACCAGACAGAUCUGAUGGUUAGAGGACCUUUUAACAGUUUUUGUGAUAUGUUAAUAAAACCAAUAUUGUAUCAAAUAGUAUAUUUCCUGCACUUUUGAUUUUCAGUGGUCUAAAGCCUUCAUUGACAUGUACUUGCAGGCUUUAUUUCUGCUUUAAAAACUGCUUUAUAGUGACACCAUUGUUAUAUUCAUUUAAAUAUAACUAGAAGUCUUGAAACUUGAAUACCAGAUGCACUAUUUUUGUGAUUAUUUUAAGAUGUUUAUGAUAUUCAAGGGUUGCGGAACAAUGAUUUUUAUUUAUUUUUUAGUAUUUGUAUUUCCGAUACAGAGACUUUUGGGCUCAUGACACAAAGAAAUAUUUUUCUUGAUGCUUUUUGAUUUGUAGUGUAUUGUACUAUAAUAACUACAGUUUGAAACUAAACUGCAAGGAUGACUCGUUCUGUAUUUUCAUUUCAUUGCGACGUCACUCUGUCACUCUUGUCGUCAGAGAGCAACACAUCACUGGCUAAUUUUACAUCAUCACCUCCUUGACCCGCCCACUUCUGCCCAAGUAGGUAAAGUGACAAAGGAUGAAUCACUUAUGCAAUAUGCCAAAUAAAAACAAAAAUCUUCCUCUAA